AGUGAACGCUCCUCUCUAUUCUAGACGAUCUUUGUUUCUUGACGUGUCCUCAGUGGGAAGUUUCCGAUCUUAAAGACUCUGUAGUUUGAAACAGACACAAUGUGUAAAUGUAGUUUAGUAUGGGAGGAAAACGUGCUUUAAUGUGUUUGUAUUAAAUGUGAGAAUCAUGCGGGUGUCGUGGGAGCGUGCGGGUCAUCAUGCAGUGGAGGAGACACUUAGCUGGACUCAUUUUUAGCUGCGUGUUCGUGGUUUCAUAUUUCACAAAUAAGUUUGUCCUCUCAGUGUUAAAGUUUACAUAUCCAACUCUAUUUCAAGGAUGGCAGACAUUCAUCGGGUCUGUUCUGCUUCUGCUCUCUGGGAAACUCGGCUGGGUGGAGAUGAGCCGCAUCACCAGAUCAGCAGCGCUGUCAUGGCUCCCAGCAUCCUUCCUGUUUGUAGGAAACAUAUAUGCUGGUUCCAGGGCCUUAUCACGCAUAGACAUUCCAUUCUUCUUCACUCUGCAGAAUUCCUCUCAUGUUGUCAGCUUUAUAAUCUUGAAGGUCGUCCACAGAGAGAAGCUGCACAGGCUGAGACUGGUCAGUGUCUGUCUCAUGCUGCUGUCAGCCAUCAACCUGCCCCACUAUGAUCCUCAGUUUGACUACAGAGGUUACCUGUGGGCUGUGGGUCACCUGGUCUGUAUUGGUGCUUACAGAGUGUUUCAGGUUCACUACAGACCCAGUAAUUUAAGUGACCUUGAACAACACUGCAUCAACUACCUGUUUAGUGUGCUGCUCCUGGGCAUCGCUGCACAUCCGACAGGUGACCUCAUGGCAGCUCUGGAGUUUCCCUCCCUGCAGUCUCACACAUUCCACGGUGGCUGCUGCGCCAGCGCUCUGCUUGGGUUUCUGCUGCUGAUGGCCACUGCCAGACUAAAAAGUGGAUUAUCACUGGAACACUUUGGCGUCUGGAUUUUUCUAUCCAAGGUUACCGCUAUGUGCCUCUCUCCGUUUAUCUUUGACAUGAAUGUUAACACUCCGUCUCUCAUUUGUGUGCUCCUCAGUCAUGUUGGAGAAGCUCUGCUGGUUUAUUCGGACAGAGAAUCUCAGACACCUUGAUCUCUCCAGAUUGACCUAUCACCUGCACUGCUUUACGAAAGAGAUUAAUAUUUCUAUAAGAUGUAUUUCAUUGUUUACCAUUGUCUUUGUAUUUCUUAACUGAUAACCUGCUGACCAAAUAAAACUUUACCUUUAACUUA